CAAGAUUGCAAUGUCAUCCUGAUUUUUUAUGUCAAUCACUUUUCAUUUCAUUUGGAGUUGAAAAGUUGGACUGUUGUCUCGUAUUUUAAUUAUUUUGUGAAAUAAUUUAAUGUAGUGAGAGUUUUUGUCUAGCUAAAUUUAAAUAAUCAACUCAGUAAUCAUUUGCUAAUUAGUAGUGCCUGUUUAAAUCGCAGUUUAUUCUCGAAACGAAUUAUUCCGCAGUGGUCAACAAAGUUCACAGUCUUCUUUGUGCAAUCGAGGUAAUUAUCAAACAUCAAAAUGCCUAGGAAAGUUUUCGUAGUCGGUGUUGGUAUGACGAAAUUCGUCAAGCCGAACAGCGGUAAAGAUUAUCCGGAAUUCGGUAAAGAGGCUGUGUUAGACGCAUUAGCUGAUGCUGGCAUUAAGUACGAGAGUGUCCAACAAGCGGUUUGCGGCUACGUGUUCGGGGACUCGACUUGUGGCCAGCGGGUGUUGUACCAGGUUGGCAUGACCGGCAUUCCUAUUUACAACGUCAAUAACAACUGCUCCACUGGUUCAAACGCUCUGUUCAUUGGUAAACAGUUAAUCGAAGGUGGACUUGCUGAUGUGGUCCUAGCUGUCGGUUUCGAAAAAAUGGCCCCCGGAGCGCUGUCCGCUGGUACUUACACAGAUAGAACGAACCCCAUGGACAGACAUACUUUAAAAAUGGCGGAAUUAGCAGAGUUAACAGGUUCCCCGAUGACUGCUCAGUACUUUGGCAACGCUGCUCUCGAGCAUAUGAAAAAAUAUGGCACAACAGAAGUUCAUUUAGCCAAAAUCGCUGCGAAGAACCACCGUCAUGGUGUUAAGAAUCCCCGAGCUCAAAGCACAAGGGAGUAUACAGUUGAGGAAGUUUUGAACUCCCGUAAGAUUUAUGGGCCUCUUACGAAGUUGGAAUGUUGUCCGACUAGUGACGGAGCUGGUGCGGCCGUCCUAAUGUCCGAGGAAGCAGUUAUUCGCUUUGGAUUACAGAACAAAGCUGUUGAAAUAAUUGGUAUGGAGAUGGCCACAGAUACACCAGCUGUUUUCACUGAGAACAGUUUGAUGAAGGUCGCUGGGUAUGACAUGACAGCUCUAGCUGCCAAACGCAUCUAUGAAAAGACUGGAAUAAGUCCCAAACAAAUCGAUGUAGUUGAACUACACGAUUGCUUUGCUGCUAAUGAGAUGAUCACGUAUGAGGGUCUUCAACUUUGCGGGGAAGGUGAAGCAGGGAAGUUUAUUGAUGCAGGAGACAAUACAUAUGGAGGAAGGGUGGUGGUUAACCCUAGUGGAGGGUUGAUAGCGAAGGGACACCCUCUAGGUGCGACGGGGUUGGCUCAAUGUGCUGAACUAGUCUGGCAACUUCGAGGGGAGGCUGGAAACAGACAGGUGCCACGCGCUCGCAUCGGCCUUCAACACAACUUGGGACUCGGAGGCGCAGUCGUCAUCACCAUGUACCGCAAAGGUUUCACAAACGCCUCCCCCAACCAGGUCGCGGCAAUCGCCGAGAACCCUGAAAACUUCAAAGUGUACAAAUACAUGAAGAUCCUAGAAGAAGCCAUGAAGACUGACGAAGAACAGCUCAUUGAAAAAGUCAGAGGAGUUUAUGGAUUCAAAGUCAGGAAUGGACCUAAUGGGGAUGAAGGCUAUUGGGUGAUAAACGCCAAAGAAGGUAAAGGUUGCGUCAGUUAUAAUGGCAAAGACAAAUGUGAUGUAACGUUCACAAUCAAUGACGAGGAUGUUGCGGACUUGAUCUCGGGUAAGCUGAACCCUCAGAAGGCUUUCUUCCAGGGUAAAAUCAAGAUUCAAGGGAACAUGGGUCUGGCGAUGAAGUUGACAGAUUUACAGAGAUCCGCCGCGGGUAGGUUCGACGCUAUUCGCUCCAAACUAUAAAUAAACCAGUGUAGACUGGUUUUAAACGUCUAUACAUGUACCAACUGAAUUUUAACCUAUAAGUUUUAUUAGCUAGCUAUUUUUCUCAUGAGUUGUACUGGCAUAUCAGUUGGGUAACUCGUCCCACUUCGCUCGUGUCAAUCAAUCAAUCAGCCAGUUUGCGUCCACUGCUGGACAUAGACCUUCCCAAAGGCACGCCACGCCACAAUGCACGCAAAUGUGGUUGUAAGUUAGUAAAAUGUAUAUAGAAAUCAUCUUUAAAUAACUUUCUUAUGCAGAGAUAGACUUAUAUCUCUACAUAAGUCUGUCUCGUUUUAACUCAGCCUUAAGUCUAAGUACUCGUACCUGUAGAUCUCGGUUAGUUUCGAGCGUUAUAGAGCGAACCUACAUGCAAUUUUGGUUCCAAUGUAAGUUGGUACGUGUGUAGAGAUCUUUAUAGGCGCUAUCUUAUUAGUUAAAAUAAUUGUUAAUAAUAAUCGGGCUAUGGAAAAGGUCUUUGGGCAUUUUAUCUAUAAGAAAAAUAGGUCGCAAAGUCGAGUUAGUGAUCAAACAAUAAAUUGUUUUUAGAUAUGUAUGUAGCUUGCGUCUCAUGACCAAUCAAAUCCAAUCUAAUUUUGUAGACACGUUCUAGAAAUUAAUGUCUAGGUGGUCUAGGUCUGUGGUUUGCCAGAUUUGCGUAAAUAUAACUAGUUUUUGAGUCACACGGGCUUACCUAAAGAUUUGUAUGUAAAUAUUUGAGACUGUAACUUUGAAACUGAAUAGUUAUUUUAACGGAAAUCUAGAAAUCCACAGAAAUAAUUCCUAAACGUUUAUAUAAAAUUUCAUUGAGUUUGAUUGGUUAAUAUACAAAUGCGAGCCAAAUUAUAGUACACGACAGGUCAAGAUGGCAAUCUGGGUAUGAGGCAGGAGGACGCACAGCAAACCCGUACGUCAUCAGCGCGUGGCCUGUGGGGGUGGCCCCGAUUGCCCUGUCGAGCUGUCCCUUACUAUAGGUUGGUUUCAAGCGCACUACAAUAAACCUCUCUUCAAAUCAACACAAUUAUUAUUAAUAAUACUAUGUUAUUGUUUAACGUUUUCCCUGUGUACUAUAAAUCAUUUAAUAAUCCAGGAUAAUGCGAACCCCUGGUUUCACCAUGUUAUUAUUUUAUACAAGGAAAAUGUUAAGAUGUUUCCCUGAAGUAAAAUAAUGCGGUGCAAUAAUGAAAUAUUGAUGUAAAUUAAUUAUUAUUAAAUAAUACUCCUUUUAUUAUGUUUUUCGUGUAUACUUAUCAUUCCAUUUUGUGAAAUACACUUUAAUUUAAUAAUAUAAUAAUCGUUGGUAGAUAUUUUUAUAUAUUAAAGGUUUUUUAUUAAAA